AGAGAAUGGCUUCAGCUUCAGAAGUAGUAGUAAAGGAUAAAAUCACAGCACCAUACGGGUCGUGGAAGUCGCCGAUCACCGCCGAUUUAGUCUCCGGCGCCGAGAAGCGCUUGGAAGGCUUAGCCGUCGGCCCCCACAACCGUCUCAUAUGGCUCGAGUCUCGUCCUUCUGAAUCUGGGCGAGCUGUUCUUGUUAGAGAAUCAGAGAAACCCGGAGACGAACCAACUGAUAUCACACCGAAAGGUUUCUCUGUCAGGACUACGGUUCAAGAGUACGGUGGUGGCGCAUUCGGGGUUUCUGGGGACUUGCUUAUCUUCUCAAAUUAUGAUGAUCAAAGGCUGUACAAACAGUUUCUCAACUCUAGAGAUUCAACUCCAAUUCCUAUCACUCCAGAUUAUGGUGGGCCGGUAGUUCGUUAUGCCGAUGGGGUGUUUGAUUCAAAAUUUACUCGUUACAUAGCUGUUAGAGAAGAUCAUCGAGGAAGUGGUGUACAUCCAACCACAGAAAUUGUAGCAAUUGGUCUCCAUGAGGAAAAUAUUCAAGAACCAACAGUAUUGGUUAGUGGGGAUGACUUCUAUGCUUUCCCACGCGUGGACCCAAAAGGGGAAAGAUUGGCUUGGAUCGAAUGGAGUCACCCCAACAUGCAUUGGGACAAAGCAGAACUUUGUAUUGGUUAUAUUUCUGAAAAUGGAGAUGUAGACAUGCGCAUCAGUGUUGCUGGUGCUGAUUCUUCACUUGUAGAGUCUCCAACCGAACCUAAAUGGUCAUCCAAAGGUAAGAGGAUCAGUUCAGCAGCUUCUGCAGCCUCGACUACUAACUUGGACAUUUAGUGACCUCGUUUCUAACCAUUAUGUUUGGCUUAUGCAGG